UGGCCAAUGGCCGCGCUCCUUGCUCGCCCCGCCUCCUCGCUGCGGGGAGGGUCGUAGGCCCCGGGCGGCGGUCGCCAGGUCGCAGGGCCCGGGCUACUGGAGUGUCGUUUCCUGUCAGUCCAUUCACCCUUCAUGGGGCCAGAGCCCUCUCUCCAGAAUCUGAGCAGCAAUGCCGUUUGCUGAAGACAAAACCUAUAAGUAUAUCUGCAGACAUUUCAGCAAUUUUUGCAAUGUGGAUGUUGUAGAGAUUCUGCCUUACCUGCCCUGCCUCACAGCAAGAGACCAGGAUCGACUGCGGGCCACUUGCACACUCUCAGGGAACCGGGACACCCUCUGGCAUCUCUUCAAUACCCUUCAGCGGCGACCUGGCUGGGUGGAGUCCUUCAUUGUGGCGCUGAGGGCCUGUGAGCUGUCUGAUCUCGCGGACGAAGUGGCCCGUGUCUACCAGAGCUACCAGCCUCGGACCCCGGAACAUCCCCCAGCCCCACUGGAGCCACCGUCAGUUUCUGCUGAGGUGCCAGGACCCUCCACGCCUGCUGCGGCCCACAGCAUCCCCUACAAUGGCUACAGAGAGAAGGAGCCAAGCUACCCCAUGCCUGUCCAGGAGUCCCAGCCGCCACAGUCCCUGGAAGAGAGUUCAGAGCAAGCCCCGCAGACGCUCAGCCCCAGAGCCAUCCCAAGGAGGCCGGGUGGUGGUCCUGUGGAGCCCUCCUCUGACCUGGCAGCCCUUAGUCCUCUGACCUCCAGUGGGCAUCAGGAGCAGGACACAGAACUGGGCAGUACCCACACAGCAGCUGCAACCUCCAGCCUCCCACCAUCCCGUGGGCCUGUGUCUCCAUCUGUCUCCUUCCAGCCUCUGGUCCGAUCCACCCCCAGGGCAAGCCGCUUGCCAGGACCUGCAGGGUCAGUUUCUACUGGUACCUUCUCCUCUUCCUCAUCCCCUGGCUUGGCCUCUGCAGGGGCUGAAGAGGGUGACCAGCCCGAGCCUAUCAUCUGCUCCAGCGGGGCAGAGGCACCUGCCAACUCUCUGCCCUCCAAAGUGCCUACCACCUUGAUGCCUGUGAACACAGUACCCCCGGAAGUGCCUGCCAACCCAGCAUCUGCCAGCACAGUGCCCUCCAAGUUGCCACCUGUUUCGAAGCCCCCUGGUGCAGUGCCUUCUAAUGUGCUCACCAAUCCAGCACCAUCCAAAUUGCCCAUCAACUCAACUCAUGCUGGCAUGGUGCCAUCCAAAGUGCCCACUAGCAUGGUGCUCACCACAGGGAAUGCCAGCACAGUUCCCACCGGCAGGAGCAGCAGAGCUAAGGAGAACCCAGCAGCUCCAACACCCGCAGGUGCCACUGGAGGCAGCUCAGCCUGGCUAGACGAUAGCUCUGAGAAUGGGGGCCUUGGGUCGGAGUUGAGCAAGCCUGGCAUGCUGGUAUCCCGGGUAGACAGCCUAUUCUCGGGCUGCUCUGAGGAUCUUGCCAUCAGUGCCAGCAGCUCCUUGGGCGUGGGGCCCUGCCAUGGCCCAGAGGAGAAUGAGUACAAGUCCGAGGGCACCUUUGGGAUCCACGUGGCUGAGAACCCCAGCAUCCAGCUCCUGGAGGGCAACCCUGGGCCACCUGCGGACCUGGAGGGUGGCCCCAGGCCACACACCAACCAGAAGUUCCAGGACAAGGAGGUGCCAUGCCACUGGUCCUCGCUCGGGUCUCCGUGGCUCCAGGCAGCUGUGGCAGGGGUGCUGGCAGCCAUACUCCUGGCAGUGCUGUACCAGCGGCGCCAGCUCUAGUGCAGCCCUGGGCCCUUCCCACCACCCAUCUGCUCCGUUCCUGCAGUAUACCUGGCCGCUCCCUGAAGCCCCUUAUCGCUUUCUUAGGGAUGGUGGAAGCUAUGUCAGAGGGGAGCUAAGGGCCUGCAAGCCUGGCAGCAGGAUGUGCCUUGGCCAAACCAAGUCCUGAGAGCAGCAUCUCCAUCCCCACUGUGCCCUCUGUGCAUCCCUAUCCUUGGCUUUCUGGGACCUGGGCUGCCCUCGAUGCUCCAGACCUCCACCAGCAAUCCAGGUUAUCACCCAUGUCCUCCAGAGGAGCUUCCCCAUCCAGGCCUCAGCCCUGUUGGCGCAGGUGGAUCAGGGGGAGCCACUGGAGCACAUGGGAGCUGGGAAUGCUUCUCCUGUUGCACUGGUCCCCUAAGGCCUCAGGGUAGGUGUGUGGUGUGUGGACGACCCCACAAGACCUGGAUUCCAGACCGUUGCACUCAGGCAGGCAGGAGUGGCAGGGUAGCUGCUCUCCAGGGGCCCGAAUGCCUUGGGUUCCUGCCCCACUGGGCCCCCUUCCCUUCUGGGCAAUCCUGGGAAGGUCUGGAGGUUCCUGGGAUCUCAGGGAAGCCAGGGGCAGCUGCCAGGUCUGAGGAAGACCUCUGAAGUUCCUCUCCAGCCUCCGCUUUCCCUCCCCUCUGCCUCCCUUCUCUUCAGCGCCCUACAUGGGCUGGGGAGGAGACACCUGGCGGGCAGAGCUCAGGCAGAGGUUUGGAUUUCAGCUCCCCACUUCCUGGGCUGCGUGGCCUUGGUGGAUGUCAGACUUCUGGGCUUGCUUCUCCAUGUGGACAGUGAGUAUCUGGCUCAUUCUUCACUGGGUUCUUCUGACAUUGAAACCUACAGGUAUUUGCCAAGUGCCUAGCCCAGAGCAGAUGACCACUAACUGCUUCCCCACCUCUCUCCUAUCCGAGCUGGUAGAGCUGAGAGCAUGAGGAGAGGAGUGCAUAGGGGCCAGUGGUGCGGCUCUGCAUACAGGCACCCGAGGCCUCAUCCCACGCUGCCUCUCACCAGCUCUGCAAGCUUGGGCAAGGGAUUCAUCUCUCUGUGCUUUAGUUUUCUCACCUGUAAAAUGAUCAGUAUCUAUAUGUAUUUCCCAGUGCUGUGAGGAUUGAAGUUUAUCAAUGUAGA